GUCUUCGCCGUCCAUUCGUCCAUCGGCGCUCGUACCUGUCUGUCGCGUGGCGUCGUCUUUUUCUCUUCGCCCUCUCUGUGUCCGGUGUGUGUGUCUGUGUUUGCGGCGUGUAAGUACUUACCCCACCUUCGCCUCCGCCCCAGUGUUGUUGAUCCAGCACCCGUUGAACUCCCGGAUCACGGAGGCCGCGGGAGCCUCCGCUGCGAGCCUGAACCCCGACCUUUUCGGCGGGUCGCGCUCCGUCAUCAUCACCAUCAUCAUCAUCAUCGCCGUCAGCGUCAGCGUCAUCGUCGUGUGCUCAUCUCGUGUGAAGAUCACGCACGGCGCGCUGCGCACGCUGUGGCUUCAAGGCUGUGGCGCGCACCAAAGCUGGCGUCGCCGUCGUCACACAACAAGCCAACAACAGCAACCAAUAGCUGUACCGUGCAUGCAUGCAUAGUAGUGCCCCCUGUGCCUGCCCCGUUUCUGUGUGAGUUGCAUUCGUGUUUGUGAUCAAAGCCGGCGAAGAAAUCUGUGAAAACACGUGAGCUGAACGACGACGACGACGACGAGCUGCUGCUGCAUCACAGUAGACUCGGUGUUGCUGAGCUGCUGCACAGAGACCAUCUGCCUGCGGGGUUUGUUGCGCGGUGGUAUUGCAUCGACGUUGCAGGUGCCCGCUGCGUCCAGUUAGUGGUUGUUUUCGGUUUACGUACGUCCAGAGUGUUGUGUAGUGCAAACGGCUUCCCCGCUUCUUUUUUGUUUUGCCAAUUAACGUUCUGAAGCAAUUCAACGUUCAACAUACACGCGUGUAUGCCAGUGGCGUGUUCGUCGUGUGCGGUCGGCGAGCGCAACCAGUGGAAUUAUUUCCCAAAACCAACCGACCGACCGAACGAUCGAUCGAUCGAUCCAUCGCGAUCGAUCGUCUGCUCGUUCGCUCGCUAUCCAAAUAAGUGGUGCGCGCGAGUGCGAGGAGGGAGGUGCGAGAGAAGAGAAAAGUAAAAGUGAUAAUCGUGCGUGGCACCUCGCACGGAGGUGGUGUUUGGAUUUGGAAGUGAAAUCAACCUGGCACACACACGCACGGCGACGGUCAAAAGUACAGUGAGAAGUGAAGUGAGAAAGGCCGUAGGAGAUGGAACGCAGGUCGCUGUCGCUGGUGGCGCUCGUGCUGCUGCCGCUGGUGGUGCAGCAGCCCCCCGCCACCGAAGCGCACGUUGCCCUCACCUUCCCUCCCGCCCGGAAGUACGAUUUGGAUUUUCUGGAUAAUUCACGCACGAAAGCACCGUGUGGGAUGCCGAAAGGUUCACUGAAAACAUCAUUCAUCGAGGGCAGCACGUUCAACGUUUCCUGGCAUCUGGCGUAUCCGCAUCGGGGUGGCUUCCGGCUUGAGGUGCUCGAUACCAAGGAGAAACCGGUACUGAAUCUGACACCGAGUAGCAAGGAGAGGCGCUUCGUACGUGAUGACGCAACCGCCCAACAGUACCAGGUAUCGCUGCCAAGGAACUUCACCUGCCGGGACUGUACGCUACGAUUGGUGCGCCAAGCGGACGAGUGGGGUGGUAACUAUCGGUUCUGGUCCUGUGCCGAUGUGGACAUCGUACCAAGGCGGGAACAUCACGAGACCUGUUCCGGGCAUGGCAAGUUCAUUGCGCGGUGCAAGUGUGACAAGAAGUACUACGGGCAGCGGUGCGAGUUCUGGGACGAGUGUGUCUCCAACCAGGACUGUGGCAUCCAGGGUACCUGUGUGGAUCUCGGUGGUACGUCGCUACCGCGCCGUCAGUGCUACUGCCGGCUGGGAUGGUACGGUGCCGGAUGUAACAAGAAAUCGCCAAUCAAAUCGACCGAUAUUGACUACUCGGUGUACAAGGCGAAGGUCCUAUCGCCCGAUCUGAACGUGUACUGGCGUGUGCUGAAGGAGCAAGCUGAGGUGGAGAUGGUGCUGAAGGUGAACGGUACCUCGUGGGUUGCCCUCGGUUGGCGGCCACGGAAGCUGACGGCGGAAUGUAAGAACUUCCCGCUCAUCGGUGGCGGUACAUCGGGUGAGGCCGGCAGUGCCGAGCCUGAACCAGCCAGCGAACCUACUUCCGAGCCAGUUGCAGAACCCAAAUCUGAACCGGAACCCGGAGCGGAACCUGGAGCGGAACCCGGCGCGGAACCCGGUGCUGAGCCAGGCGCAGAACCAGGAGCAGAACCAGAACCCAAAUCGGAACCCGAACCCUCUUCCGAACCUGGAGCAGAACCUGAACCAAAAAGUGAACCAGAACCGGGGGCAGAGCCAGCAUCGGAGCCCGAGCCAACGGGUGAACCUGCGUCGGAACCCUCAUCAGAACCAGAACCCAAAGGAGAACCAGAACCAGAGCCAGGAGCGGAACCCGGAGCAGAACCAGAACCGAAAUCCGAACCGGAGCCCACUGGAGAACCAGAACCGGAAGCAGCAACGGAACCGACGGCCGAACCAAAGGCCAGCGCCGGAAAGCGAACGAAGCGUGCGAACGGUACACCUGCGGCCGAACCGGAACCAGAACCAAAGUCGGAACCCGCCGCCGCAGCUGAACCAACGGCCAAACCGAAAUCCAAACCGGCCGCUGCUGCUGCUGCUGGUGCUGCUGCUUCGAAGCUAAAGCUAAACCCCUACACUCCACGCCAUGAUUUCAAUCCGAUGGACUGCACGGACAUCGUGAUAGGUACGGCCCGUGGGGAGAACCAUCGGGUUUGGGAUUACUAUACCCGUGACCGUUCGACACCGCGCGUCGAUAGUUUCUGGGGUGGUAAAUCCGAUCUGACGGCAACCGGUGGCUUCGAGAAGGAUGGCGUAACGACGAUCAUCUUCCGCCGUAAGCUCGACUCGAGCGAACCAACCGAUCAUGCGAUCGUGGACGAUCUGAUGCACGUAAUUUGGGCGCGCGGCCAGGAACCGGGUGCCUACGUCCAUUCGCCCCCGUCCGGCAUCGAGAAGGAGUCGGCAUCGGUGCGCGAGUUCUACCAACCGGACGAACUGAAGUACCAUGGCCAUCGUAUGCAGCGGGGCGUAACGCAGAUCAACUUCCUGGAGGAGGACCUCCCGAAGCUACCAGUUCCGCCGGGUGCCGUUCCAGUGCAGCCAAAGGAUGGUGCGACCGUACCGGUGGCCGGUAGUGAAGGGGUGAUCGUACCGGCCGGUCCCGUUGGUCACGAGCUCGACAAUGAGUGCCACGGAUUCUACAAAUUCCCACGGACCUGCGAUCCGGAGCAGGCGAACUGCGAGUACUUCCUGAGCUGGCAAACGGUGGCCCGCGGUGAAGCCGUACACUUUCAUCUGGAGACGAAGAAUACGGCCACCUGGACCGGUGUUGGGUUCAGCGAUGAUCAGAAAAUGUCCCAAACGGAUGCCAUCAUCGGUUGGGUGGAUAAAAGCGGUCGACCGUUCCUGAUGGACACCUGGAUCAAUGGUUAUUCCGCCCCGAAGCUCGAUGAUCGUCAGGAUCUGUACAACGCAUCCGGAGCGAUCCAGAACGGACGGACGGUGUUGGAUUUUACGCGCAAACGCAUCACCGGUGAUGACGCGGAUUUGGCCUUCACGGAGGAUCGCUGCCUGUACCUUAUGUUCCCGAUCGAGGGCGGUGCGUACAAUGCUGUGAACAAGAAGGUCGGCAAACACGGUUCCGUACCGGUGGUGACGGAUACGCGCGUUUGCAUUAAAUCGUGCGCCAAGAUGUUCGAACAGCUGCAAACGAUCACGGCAGCACCGGCACCGGACCGGAUCGCGUACGAGGCGGCCAUUAAGCUGACGAACCUGGCGACCGGGUUCCAGGUACCGAGCAGCGGCACACCGGAGCAUCGCGAUCUCUCCAAAUCCGUCAGCGAUACGUUCAACGGUGUGUUGAAGGAGGUGCCCGGAUUCUACCGAACCGAUAUUAUGGAUUUCGAAAAAGAGACAGAUGGCAGUGUCGUCGUGAAGAUGAACAUACUGGUCGAUAAGGAGAUGAAGAACGGAUCGCGGAACGUGUUGGCCGAUGAUCCUGCCAAGCUGGAGCUUACCAUUCACAACCUGAUGGUGAACAACCUGUCGUCGGGUAAGGUGGGAGCGUUCUCCGUCGAUCCGACGUAUCUAGAGUUUACGCAGCUUGAAGGACAAGCAUCGUCGCCUAAGGAGGAGGACUCGUUUCUACCGGCCACUGUACGGUUGCAUCUGAUUUUGGGUUGCAUCGCGGGACUGGUCUUCAUCGCGAUCAUCCAAGCGACCUGUACGAUCGUCAAGACACGUCGCACGAACCGGUUGAAGGAUCAACUGAUUCCCAAUUCGGCCUGGAAGGACUACUCCUCGAACACAAACUAUGCGUUCGAUAACUUUGAGGCCGAAGCGAAGACUCACCAUCACCACAAGGGCCGCUCGUCGGACCGGGGCUACAGCAACGGCAAUAGCCAGCAGACGACGCUGCAGAUGUCCCAUUCGCCCAACAAAUCCCAGUACUACGAGAUCGAUCGCACCGACGGUGGCCACGGUAUGACGGGACAUCGUGGCAAUUCCGGAGAUCCACGAAACGGAGGUUCAGCCUAUCCGUAUGCAUCGGGUGGUGGGCAGCCACGCCACGGGUACGAUCGUACCGGUGAGCGAUCCUCAUCCUACGCCGAUCGUGCCUACUCCCUUCCCCGACCGAUGCAUCAGCAGCAGCAGCAGCAGCAGCAGAUGCAACAGCAACAACACCAUCAACAGAUGCAAUCACGUCCGACGAACGAAUACUACACGCAGGACCGUCGUGGCAAGUCACGGGGUGCUCCUUCGGGCAAUGGUGCCGGCAAUCAUCAUUACGCACCGGCUGGCAAUGGCCAUCAACAGCAACACCACCAGCAACAGCAACAGCAGCAGCAGAGGCCAAUGCCCGACUCGUCGGAUCUGUACUUUACGCCAACCCAACGCAAAUAUUCCGGCGAGGUCGUGCGAGUGUUUGUCGAUUACAACAAGGAUAAGAAGUAGGGAGACCGUAGGAACCGACAAAGCAACCGACCGACGAACGUUACCAACCACCGUCACCGUCCACUUCCCAUUCCCUCCCCGUAUCCCUGCGUACAGCAGUUCGAGCAUAGCGAAGCAUAUCGAACGGUUGAUGCCAUUCGCAAGGGAAUGGCGUCACAGUCAGCCAGUCAACCCCGAGGUCUAGAUGAUGAUGAUCAUCCGAAGAGACGUGAGAUUCAGUAUAGGGGGUUUAGGGCUAGGAUGCCCGGCAAUAAGUCGUAAAUACUCCCUCCGGAGAUCGCUCGAAGAUCGAACCGUCCUCGAACCGUCAACCGUGACCAACGAAUGUACAUAAUAUAUGUUUUAUUAUCUUUUAUCUGUUUCACUUUUUGCCCACUUAUUAAACAUGGCCACACACGCGCACACACACAGAGGAGUUGCGUGCGUUGCGCCUGACCAUAAUGUUUGUUUUAGAGAAUUUUAAUUUCGUUUUAUGUUUCGCAAUGUUUUAGUCCCCAUUCGUCUCGUCUCGUCUCGUCUUUACUGGUAUCAUUCGCGCGUAAUGUUAGUGAGUAAGCAAGUAUCAGCUUAGCGAGUGUUAGAUCAUACACACACACACAGAUACAAACACAACCCAUCGAUCAUUGAUCAGAGCGAAAUGGUGGUGCCGUGGAGGAAACUAGAAAGGUCAGCCAGUAGGUCAGCGAGGAUUAGGAUGCAAUACGUCAAAAUCUAAUCCCGUCACGGACGGAUCUUGCGCGUGAGAAAAUGCCUUGAUACGUUGAUUUCAAAGGGAAAGGUCUUGUUGGCCCCCCCUGUUAUCACCUCGAACACACACACACACACAGGAAGACAGUCCAAGGUUCAGGUUUGACCUCGUUCCCAUCGAUUGCGACCGUUUGGCCGUCAUAAUGGCCAUCUAGCGGUAGCAGCCGCAACGGCAGCAUAGAAAAGAGUCCCACCCCAAUAAAGACCAGCUCCCCAGCUGCACACCAGGUUUCUCGCGAUCGUCAUGUGCGAUCACCAGGCGGAUCCAUAUUUUAAACCCCUCUGAUCGUUUUAUAACAAUAACGCGCCCUAGGGAGAAGGAAGGAGCUGCAGACGAGAGACAAAUAAAAAAAUUGAC